AUGCUUGCCCCUCGAGUCUUGCGGCCUGCAUCUGUGCUGGUCCGACCUUUCCACACAACUGCCCCUGUCUUCCGUUCGCCCUCCAUUCGCGACAUCACACCCGACUCGGCUGAAGAGUUCACUGCACGCCAGAAGGAGUUUCGCGAGAACCUGGAAGUAGCUCGCAAGAAGAGAGAGCAGCAAGAGAGUCAGUCAGUCGGUGCUUCUGCUUCCACCUCUGCAUCUGCCCCAUCCCCUGUUGCCCGUGAUCGCCUCCGUGAGUACGCUGACGCUCCCGCUGCUUCCUCCAAGAGCAACGCGAGCGAUGAAAAAAGCCCCAUCUUUGAUGCCGCCGAUGUUCUUGAUAAUCAAGCAUUGGGCUCACUUUCUACCCACCGUUCUUUAGGAGACGAACAUUUGAAGGAAGCUAACCGGUCUCCCAAACGCGGACCGCUAUCUUCCCUGAUUUACGGCACGAAAGAAGGCCAGCAGCUCGAUAAGGACAUCGAACGCUCGUUCUCACAAGUUCUCGCUCGCGGCAAAUACGUGCACUCCAUCGUCUUCCACGAAGUGAAACCCGACCGUGUCGAUGAGUAUGUCGACCUUGUUGGCGAGUGGUAUCCUAGGAUGGCUGGCACGGAAGAGAACCGCGUGAAUCUGGUAGGAAGUUGGCGAACGCAAGUGGGAGACAACGAGACUUUCGUACAUAUUUGGGAGUAUCAGCGAUACGAAGGUUACCACGCGUCUCUUCACAAUAUCUCGCGCCAUCCAGAUUUCCCUGCGUUCGACCGCAAACUCAAGAGUCUGAUCAAGAGCAAGAAGACUUCUUUGAUGCAGGAAUUCUCGUUCUGGCCUACAACCCCACCGCGCCGUCUAGGAGGCCUCUUCGAACUCCGAUCUUAUACUCUUCACCCUGGCAAUCUCCUCGAGUGGGAAACCCACUGGCGCCGCGGUCUCAAGGCGCGUCGCGAAGUGAUGGAAGGUGUCGGUGCCUGGUUCGUGCAGAUUGGGGAUCUGAACACAGUGCACCAUCUAUGGCAGUUUGCGAACCUGGAAGAGCGCAAGAUUCGCCGAGAGCAGUCGUGGGGCAUCGAAGGCUGGGCUGAGACCGUGCAUAAGACUGUUCCGCUCAUUCAAACCAUGCAGAGCCGCAUUCUGGUUCCCAUGCCUUGGAGCCCUGUCGGCUAA